AUGACUGAUAGGGCCGAGUCAGAACAUUAUACCAUUUCGAAAAUUGUACCUGAAUUUUAUACAGUUGAUCAAUCAACUAGUGCAGUAAUAUCAAUACGAUUAAAAGCUAAUUCAGAUAAAUAUCUUCUAUUAAAACAAAAUAUUCUUGCUAAAUAUCCUCGAACAAGUAUUCGACAAGAUUUGGUUGAUGCUCAUUUAUAUUUAAUAAAAAAAUCUUGUUUGGAUAUUGCUAUUCGUUCAAGUUAUUCAUCAUUUCCUAAACAAUGUCUACCAGAAAUGAUUCAACGAAUGGCAACUGGUCAAUCACUUGAAGAUCUCAUUUCAACAUCUGCUAAUGUAACGAUGGUGAUGAGACAGAAAGCCACUAAUUUAGAUAAUCAUGCUGAUUUAACAAGACUUUCAAAACCAUAUGAUUGUGAUAAUAAACAAAUAAGAGGAGGUUGUUAUUACUUUAUUGAUGAGACACAAAUUUUUCGCGUUAAACAUGUUCUUUCAUAUCUUGAAGCUAAUCGACAAGCAUCAUCACUCAUUUUAUCAUAUACCAAUGAAGAUAUUACAUUUAAAGAUCGAUUAGAACAGAUUCAAAUUACUCCUGCUUGUAUUGUCGGUGAUGGACAUGUUAUUGGAAAGAAAACGACAGUUAAACGAACUAUUAUUGGCAAAAAUUGUCGAAUUAAAAAUGAAUGUAAAAUAGUUAAUUGUGUUUUACUAGAUAAUGUUUAUGUUAAAGAAGGAGUAACUCGGGAAAAUUCCGUAUUAUGUUCUCAUUCCACAAUCGGAUCAAAAUGUAGAAUUCAAAAUUCAAUUGUGUGUUUCAAUCAACAAGUCGAAGCAGACAGAAAAUUGAAUGGUGAAACAAUAUCAGCUAAAAGCGAUGAAUCUGAUAUUUUUGUGUCACAUUCAUUGGCACACAUAGCUUUUACUGACAGCAAAACUUGUUCUUUCGAAUCAGAUGAUACAUUGAAAGAAGAACAACUGUUCAAUGCUAUUGAAUCAAAUAAUGUCACUGUCGUGCAGAAUUUUACGAAAAAUGAACUCCAACGUUUAUGUAACGUACGUCGUCUCUUUCCGUCUGAAUGGUCCUCACCGGACUACGAAAAACAAACAGCUUAUCAACGUGCAUGUCUUCUUGGUCAUACAGACAUUGUGCAGUGUAUUCUCAAUGCUGGUAUUCCACCUGAUCAAAAAUUCUCCGGUGGUGAUUCACGUAAUACUAUGCGAGGAGCAUUUCUAUUUGCUUGUCAAGCACGCUCGAUGUCAACAAUUACAGUUUUACUUAAUGCUGGUGCACCAGUUGAUGAACUAGGUUCAUGUUCUCUUAAUUAUGCUAAUUCUUUUGUUCCUGGUAUUCGUGUAUUUAAUUCAUUUGAACGUGACUCAGUCUCUUGGGAGAAUCUCUAUCCAAUUC